UUUGACAGAUUCUUUAGUCUUGGCCUUCAACAUGAUGACUGCUUGGUUCUUCUCAGGGGCUUCCCUCUUUGCUUUGCUGAUUGUGGAUAUAUGCUGCACUCCUCUUAAGCAUGCCCCAGGCUAUAACACCAAUGCUGGCCCUUAUCUUGGCUCUAGCCAGUCUGCACCUGUAGCUGCGAUGCCUUACAAUGCUCCUUCUAAAGGAGUCUCCGAACCAGCUUAUUUGCCUGCUCCACAGUGGGCGCCCAGUUCCACUCAGACUGGUGUUCAGAGAAAACCAGCACCGUCCUUUGGCUCUAGCUCCUCUUCUGGGCCUGCUCUGUCAGGAUACGGCGGUAGUUCUUUGACAAACAGCCCUGCCAGCUCAACACAGCCUGGAGCUGCUUUCCAACCUGCCUCAGGAGACAUCAACUGGAUUGUUGCACCUCCCAGUAUCUCUUCUGUGGGUGAGAUGUCAGUGGGCACUCAUGGCGUUGGCUCCAGUAGACCUGAGAAUGUGAGUCCACCUCUUCCUCCACCUGGACCAGUGUACCAGGCAGGAGAGUUGUCCCAUUUUGAGGAAGCCUUUGAGAACGGUGACUACCAGAGGGAGACCGAGGAACAAGGCUUGCUCCCUCCUCUGCCUCCUCCAGCGCCAAUCUCUGCUGGACAAGGGUUCACCAGCCAACCUCAGCCAGAGUCCAGCAUUGGUGGAAGCUGGAAUAUUUACCCUCACUACGACUACAUGUUCCUGACCGGCCAGUAUCCUCCGGGCACAGUCAGUCACUACAGCAGCAGCAACGAGCAGGGAAGCAACAACUGGGAAGACGUUCACUACAUCAGAUACCAUUUCUCCGAUAACCCCGGUCCUGCACAGCAGACUGAGACCUUUGCAGUCCCCCAGAGCUUUGAGGACCCCAGGCCACCUGUGAAGCGUCCUGUGAUUGCUCCUUAUGGACAAGGUCGUGCAAGAGGUGGGGUUUCUGCUCCUUCUCAUUCCCGAGCUGGUGGAUACAACCCAGGCAAAGGCCAUAGAUACUAAGUGGUGGAUCUCAUCAGCAUGAGCAAAGCUUUCUGAAUUCAAUAAAGAUCUUGUCAAAUA